AUGGAAAGAAUUAAGCAAAACCAGAUUGCCAUACAGGAGGAGAUGGCUCAAGUGAGGGCCCAACUGGGGCAACUCAUGGACAUCAUGCAGAAUGUCGUCAAUCGACAAGAAGAGAAUCGUCAGGUUAACCCAGGAGCCAAUGCCAACAUGAACGUUGUGAAUCCCAUCAUAGGGAAUAGGGUCCCAAUCGCCAAUCAGACCCAUAUUGAAGGGAUGCCUACCAAUCCAAAUACUGCUCACACCUACCAUGUCCCUAUCCAUGGGGGUUCCCAAGCUGGUACAGAGGACCACAAUGGAGACUUCUUCAUGCCUAGGAACAAGUCAGUGUACGAACCUUUUGGGCCACCACAGACUGAGCUUGAAAGGAAACUCAAGAUGAUGGAUGAAAGAGUUCGAGCCAUUGAGGGCCCUAACACCUUCGGGCUGGAGGUUAUAGAUAUGUGCUUAGUCCUAGGGAUCAAGAUCCCAGCUAAGUUCAAAGUACCCGCCUUCGACAAAUAUCAGGGAAAUACUUGUCCCAAGACCCAUAUCAGGUAUUACUGCAGGAAAAUGGCUGCUUAUUCGGGCAGUGAAAAGUUACUGAUACAUUUUUUCAAGACAAUCUCAACGGAGCAUCCCUCAAAUGGUACAUGCAGCUUGAACGCUCACAUGUGCGUUCUUGGAGAGAGUUAG